GUUCAGUGAAUGAGAACCAGAGACCAUCAAAUUCAUAUAAUGGAGACCUGAAUGGACUGCUGGUGCCUGAUCCCAUUGUGGCCGGAGAUGGACCUUCUUUGGCUAAGCCAGUGCAUCGCAGCAUUUCUCUGGCAGCCCUGCAGGAGAAGCAAGUCAUCUGCCUUUCUGGUGAUGACAGCUCCACUUGUGUAGUGAUAUCAGCAAAAGAUGUGGAGAUAGUGGCCAGCAGUGAUUCCAGCAUCACCAGUAAGGCCAGAGGGAGUAACAAGGUGAAAAUACAGCCUGUUGCUCGAUAUGACUGGGAGCAGAAAUACUAUUAUGGCAAUCUGAUAGCUGUUUCAAACUCUUACCUGGCUUAUGCUAUUAGAGUUGCCAGUAAUGGCUCCGCUAUGGUGCGGGUGUUGAGCGUCAGCACUGCUGAGCGGACCUUGCUGAAAGGAUUCACAGGCGGUGUGGCAGACCUGGCUUUUGCUCAUCUCAACUCCAACCAGCUGGCAUGCCUGGAUGAGGCUGGCAACCUUUUUGUCUGGCGCCUGGCCAUGGAUAAAGAAAAAAUCCAAGAGGAGAUCUUGGUUAACAUCAAGCGACCUGACAAUACCCCGUUGAACACCUCUCGAAGAAUCAUCUGGUGCCCUUUCAUCCCAGAUGAUAAUGAGGAGAGUGGUGAAGAGGGAAGUCAGACAUUGGCUUUGUUACAUGAGGACAGGGCAGAGGUGUGGGAUUUGGACAUUAUCCGAACAAACAACAGCUCCUGGCCGGUGGAAGUGCCUAGCAUCAAAGAAGGCUUCAUCGUAGUGAAAGGCCACAGCACGUGCCUGAGUGAGGGAGCACUUUCUCCAGAUGGAACUGUGUUGGCCACAGCAAGCCAUGAUGGUUUUGUCAAAUUCUGGCAGAUCUAUAUUGAGGGGCAAGACGAGCCAAGGUGUCUUCACGAGUGGAAACCCCAUGAUGGCAGGCCUCUUUCCUGCCUGCUCUUUUGUGACAACCAUAAAAAACAAGACCCAGAGGUUCCUUUCUGGAGAUUUCUCAUCACAGGAGCAGAUCAAAAUAGAGAACUGAAGAUGUGGUGCACUGUGUCUUGGACCUGUCUACAAACUGUGCGCUUUUCUCCUGAUAUCUUCAGCUCCAUGAGUAUUCUUCCCAGCCUGAAAGUCUGCCUGGACCUCUCCGCAGAAUAUCUGAUACUGAGCGAUGUGCAGAGAAAAGUCUUGUAUGUGAUGGAGCUGAUGCAGAACCAAGAGGAGGGCAAAGCUUACUUCAGUUCCAUUUCUGAGUUCCUCCUUACCCACCCAGUCCUAAGCUUUGGCAUCCAGGCAGUGAGCCGCUGCCGGUUAAGACACACCGAAGUGCUCCCAGCAGAAGAGGAAAAUGACAACUUGAGUGUAGAAGGUGCUCAGGGAGCUGGGGCUGUUGAAUCAGCAGCAGGUGUGCUGAUAAAACUCUUCUGUGUGCACACCAAGGCCCUACAGGAUGUGCAGAUUAGAUUCCAGCCUCUUCACAGUCCUGACAUGAGUGCAUCCAUGCCUUCCCAUGGCUCUCAUGAAGAAUUUGCCUUUCCAGACCACAUAGCUGAUCUAAGCACAGAAGGGCUGGGUUCUGAAAAAGGAUCGGUGCAUGGCUCUCAACCAGACCUGCGGCGUAUUGCUGAUCUGCCUGUACCAGCAGACUUUCUGUCUCUCUCAAAUGAUGCCAAACCUAAGCUGAUGACUCCAGAUGCAUUCAUGACACCAAGUACAUCUCUUCAACAGGUAGACGGGACUGUAACGUCUUGAUCUGCAAAUCAUCGAUCCAGUAGCUCGAUCGCUGUAUCUCCAGGCAGCAGCGUUAGUUCCCUGACUGCAGUCACAGCUAUGAGUAGCACUUCUGUCACGGAUGCCUCUAUGCCCAGGGCAUCGGAAGACUUGACUGUGAGCCCCAAGAUGCAGCUGGACACCAGCCUCACGCUGAGUAGCAGUAGCAGCAGUCUCCAGACUAGUCCUAGGAGCCAUUCAGUUCUUAUCCCAGGCCUCCCUGACAAGCUAACACCAAAGGCACCUGUUCCAGUCACACCAGGAAACCCCUCUCUAGCACUGGAACUGCAGGAGGUGGAGCCCUUGGUGGUGCCCCAGGCUUCUCCCACCCGUGAGCGCUCGCCAGACGUCAUUUCCUCUGCUUCCACAGCCAUGUCCCAAGAUAUCCCAGAAAUUGCUUCUGAGACCUUGCAACGCAGCUUUGCAGCAGCUCCUUCUGGGCUACCUGCGGAGGUGCUGGAGCCCAGUCAUCACGCAGACAGCAUGGCAUCUGCUGCCUCAGCCUUGCAUUUGCUGUCUCCAAGGAACCGGCACAAUUCAGAGCACAGCCACCACUCUUUGGACAUGCCUCCAGUGGAGGUGGACAGACUGAAUGCUCCAUCAUUACUGGAGACUGCUUUAACUCAGGAAAAUGCAUCUUCUGACAGUGUUGUGAGUCAGCCAUGGCCAGCAGCUCCUGACAUAACCAGAGAAACCAGGAACAGCAUGGCAGACAGCCCAAGGGAUGAGGUUGAAGAAAAGCACAAGGGCUCUUCCUAUCAUCGACACAGCUACCACCUGCUGCAGCAUGACAGCCAGGAUGCUAGUGCAGAACAAAGUGACCAUGAUGAUGAAGUUGCAAGCUUGGCUUCUACAUCAGGUGGAUUUGGUGCCAAAGCAUCUACGCAGAGGCUGCCUGUGAAGGACUGGAAAGCCAAGGCAUCCCCUCGGGCUUCCCCAAAGCUAAAGCGGAAGGGCAAGAAAGAUGACGGGGAUGUGAACCAGUCGCCAAGAUCAUCUAACCACCAGGUGACAUCAGAGUUUCAGGAUGAGCUGAUGUGCAUGUUGAGGAGCCAACAGCGGGAGCUCUCUGAGCUGCGUCAGAACCAGAUGGAGCUGCUGCAGAGACUCACGGAUCACCUUGAUGCCAUUCAGAGUUCCCUUAUGGGUCACGUGGAGAGGGUGAUUGACUCCCAGCAGGAGCAGGAGCAGAGAAGGCUAGACCGAGCACUGACAGAAGGACAGCAGCGCAAUGGGCAGCUCCAGGAGCAUCUGUCUCAGCAGCUCUCUCAGUCCCUUUCCUCUGCUGUGUGUAACCGUCUGGAGAGGACCAUUCGUGAGGAGAUGAAGAAGACCAUACCCCAGUGUAUUUCCAAGAGUAUGGACCCUAUUGCUAGCCAGCUAAGUAGCACUAUUGCCGCCAAGCUCACUGCUGUUGAGGGAACACUGAAAGAGAGUAUCACCAAGCUAGUGAAAUCAAAGAACCUUACAGAUACUGUUGUGAGGGCAACGGCCGAUACUCUGCAAGGGCCGAUCCAGUCAGCUUACAGGGAAGCAUUUCAGAGCGUCAAGAGCUGCCAGUCCAUGUUCCAGCAAAUCAAUGACACCUUCAAGCAGGGCACACAGGAAUAUAUCCAGCAGCUUGAGACUCACUUGAAGAACAAGAAGGUACGAGAACAGGAGGCCCGGGACCCACUGCUGAAUCAGCUUCGACAGCUCAUCAGCACCUUCCAGAGCACCACUGAGCAGCUGGCAUCCAAUGUGGCAGCCAGUGUCCAUGCUGAGGUGCAGCAUCAGCUGCAUAUUAUCGUGAGCAACAUGCAGGAGUCUAUUUUGGCCCAGGUGCAGAGGGUUAUUAAAGGAGAAGUGAGCCUGGCUAUGAAGGAGCAGCAAGCAGCUGUCACCUCAAGCAUUGUCCAGGCAAUGCGCUCGGCAGCCGGGACUCCGAUCCCCUCUGCUCACUUGGAUUUCCAGUCUCAGCAAACUCACAUCCUUCAGCUGCUCCAGCAGGGACACCUCAACCAAGCUUUUCAGCAGGCUCUAACAGCAGCUGAUCUCAACCUGGUCCUGUAUGUCUGUGAGACUGUGGAUACUCAGCAAGUAUUUGGACAGCAUCCAUGCCCGCUGUCCCAGCCUGUACUGCUGUCUCUCAUUCAGCAGCUCUCCUCGGAUUUGGGUACUCGUACAGAACUGAAGUUGAAUUACGUGGAGGAAGCAGUGAUGCACCUGGACCACAGUGACCCCAUCACCCGAGACCACAUGGGGUCAGUCAUGAACCAGGUGCGGCAGAAGCUCUUCCAGUUUCUCCAGGUGGAACCCCACAACACGCUGAGCAAGCCUGCCCGUCGCCUCAUGAUCAUGCUGCAGGGCCUGGUCACCCCCGGCAUGACUUAGGAGGACCUGGCUAUCUUGUGGGCUGCUCCAUGGAAGCCCACCCAGCAGAUCCAAUAGUUACUAACCACGUAUGGCUUGUGUUAAGAGCUCUUGCCAGGAAAUUUA